AUGACAACGAUAGCCAGAAAUGGAACAGAGGUGCCGUUAGAUAUUGGUUGUCCCUUUUUAACACCUAGAGCGUCACCAGCACAAAGUGUACAUGAUUUAAGGCCUGAUGAUAUUCGUGUUGUUGCAGGUAUAGGUGAUAGUGUUAUGGCAGCCUUUGCUGCUGAAGGUAUUCAAGAUAAUCGAUUUAUUAAUAUCGAGAAUUUAUAUGAGAAUAGAGGUGUUUCAUUUGCAAUGGGUGGUAAUCCAAAUACUGUAACUGUACCCAAUAUACUCAAUUAUUACUCUCAUAACCUUCAUGGUGCUUCUGUAGGAGAUCAUAUUAUUAGUAUUUGUUUUGGUAAUCAAAUCUGUCCUAAAGGUCAAUAUAGAUCCAAGAUUGACAGAUUAAAUGCAGCACAAUCAGGUGCACGUAGUCUCAAUUUAAACCAUGAAAUUGAUUAUUUGUUGGAUGAAUUAGAUGAAUUAUAUGAAUCAGGAGCAGUUCAGCGAAAUGAUUGGAAACUACUCACUUUUUUUAUUGGUUCAAAUGAUAUUUGCCAUUCCUGUACUGAACCUACUUCUCUACCAAACACAUUUGGAAUCAAUGUUUUAGCAGCUAUUGAACGUAUUAGAACAAGUAUACCUUAUGUUCUUGUACAAAUUGUGGGACUGAUGAGAGUUCAUGAUAUCGUAGUUGCUACAUCCAAUUUUACAGAUUAUUGUCGACCUAUUAAAGGAAGUGAUUUUAUUGGCCAUGAUCAUGAAUGUGAAUGUUCGCAUAGUGAAUACAAUCGUACUAUCAUGUCAACUCACUUUCCUGAAUAUAAUGUUGCUUUAAAAAACGUCGUAGAGAAUUAUCAAACUGACCAAUUUCUAUCAGAUCAAACGUUUGGAGUUGUAUUUCAACCAUUAUUAGUAGACAUUAUGAGUUUUCCUAUUCAAGCCAUUAGGUAA